AUGGGGAGCUGGUUUUCUGCGAGCCCAAGUUCUGCACCGUCAAGUUCUGCACCAUCAAGUUCAGCACCGUCAAGUUAUGCGCCUCCAAUUCCAGCAGGUCCACCCCUGAGGAUCGUCUUAAUUGGGAAAACUGGAGUGGGGAAGAGUGCAGUGGGUAACACCAUUUUAGGGAAAACGGUAUUUCAGUCUGAAGCAAGUGCAAAUUCUGUUACACAUGAUUGUAAAAAAGGAUCAACCAAAGAGCCACGGUACAUAGAGGUAGUUGAUACUCCAGGUAUAUUAGACACUGAUGAGGAUCAGGCUGAGAAAAUUAAAGAGGCUAUCCUGAAGUGCAUUAAGAUCUCCUCACCAGGCCCCCAUGCCUUCCUGCUGGUCAUGUCAGUGAAUCGCUUCACCAAAGAGGAGCAGAAUGCAGUGAAAGCCCUUCAGGAGAUCUUUGGAGAGAGGGCAAAAGACUACAUGCUAGUCCUCUUCAGCCGUAGAGAUGAACUGCAUGGCAAAACAAUGAAUGAGUUUGUACGCACCGGUCAUGUAAAGCUACAAGAAGUGAUCAGAAGCUGUGGAGGGGGAUUCCAUGCAUUUAACAACAAGAGUAAGGCCAGGACGCAGGUAGUAGAGUUAGUCAAGAAAAUAGAUGAAAUGGUAGCAGGUAACGGUGGAAAGCCCUUCACUGAGGAAAUGUAUGAAGAGACAACCAGGGUGAUGAGGGAAAGAGACCUUACUUGGGAUUCACCGCUGUUGAAUAAGUAUUUGACUUUCCUUCCUCGCCUCAAAAAGAAGGUUGACCGGUUUCAGCUCACCCUCAGUGGAAAACGUUGA